UGAGGGGCCGGCCCGGGCGCUUUUGGCGCCAUCGCCGCCAUGGAGCCGGAGCGGCUGCGGCGCCGCCUCAGCUCCGCGUUCCGGCUGCGGGGGCUCGUCCUGCGCCCGGAUGCCCUGAAGUAUCUCACUGAAGCUUUCCAGUCCACCAGUGAGGGAGAACUCGAUGAUAUAAUUGAAAAUGUCAUUGAUGCAGUUGAAAAACAGCCUUUGUCAUCCAACAUGAUUGAGCAGCCCCUGGUGGAAGCAGCUGUCCAGGAAUGCAGCCGGGACCCGGAUGAGGCCAUAGAAAAUGUUUUCAACAUCAUUGGAGCCUUUGACAUUCCACGUUUUAUUUAUAAUUCUGAAAGAAAGAAGUUUCUGCCCCUGUCCAUGACUGACCUGCCUGGGCCGAGUUUGUUUGGGACUGCCAGGGACAAGGCAGAGCUGUACCGGGAGCGCUACUCCAUCCUCCAGCAGAGGACUCACAGACAUGAGCUGUUCACUCCUUCACCAGUUGUUGCUCAUCCUGAUGACAGCAAGAGCAAAUUCCAGCUGAAGACAGUGGAAACUCUCUUGGGCAAUACAGCUAAAGUGGGAGAAGUGAUUGUGCUUGGGAUGAUCACUCAGCUCAAGGAGGGGAAGUUUUUCCUAGAAGACCCCACAGGAGUGGUCCAGCUAGACCUCAGUAAAGCACAGUUCCACAGUGGGUUGUACACUGAAUCCUGCUUUGUCCUGGCAGAAGGCUGGUAUGAAGAUGAAGUUUUCCAUGUGAACGCUUUUGGAUUUCCGCCCACUGAGCCUUCUGCUACCACGAGAGCCUUCUAUGGCAAUAUCAACUUCUUUGGAGGACCUUCCUCAUCCUCAGUAAAGGCUUCUGCAAAGCUGAAGCAGCUGGAAGAGGAGAAUGAAGAUGCCAUGUUUGUGUUUGUGUCUGAUGUGUGGCUGGACCAAGCAGAAGUGCUGGAAAAGCUUCACAUGAUGUUUGCAGGUUAUUCCUCUGCACCUCCCACCUGCUUUUUCUUCUGUGGAAAUUUUUCAUCGGCGCCAUAUGGCAAAAAUCAAAUCCAGUCCCUGAAAGGUUCUUUGAAAGCUCUGGCAGAUAUUAUCUGUGAACAUCCCAGCAUCCAUAAAAGUAGUCGGUUUGUGUUUGUCCCUGGUCCUGAAGAUCCUGGGCCUGGUUCUAUUUUACCAAGGCCUCCCCUGGCUGAAAAUAUCACUCAGGAAUUCAGACAGCUGGUGCCAUUUUCAUUUUUCACCACAAAUCCCUGCAGGAUUCAAUACUGCACCCAAGAAAUCAUUAUUUUUCGGGAGGAUUUGAUCAACAAAAUGUGCAGGAACUGUGUUCGCUUCCCCAACAGCAACAUGGACAUUCCCAGCCAUGUGAUUUGUGAAGACCAUUUUAUUCCAGGGGUUAAAUACUCCAAAUGCUUCAAACCAAGUGUUUGUGGCUUUUCUUCUUUUUUUUUUAUUUUUGCAGUUUGUAAAGACCAUUUUAUUCCAGGGGAAUAAAUGUUUCAAACCAAGUUAUGGGGUUUUUUAAAAUUUUUUUAAGUUUUGCAGUUUGUAAAGACCAUUUUAUCCCAGGGGUUAAAUACUCCAAGUGUUUCAAACCAAGGUUUUGUGGUUUGUUUUGGUGGUUUUUGUUUGUUUGCUUGUUUACUGGGGUUUUUUUUGGUUUUUUUUCAGUUUGUGAAAACCAUUUUAUUCCAGGGGUUAAAUACUCAAACCAAGUGUUUCUGUUUUUUGGGGUUUUUUUUGGGUUUUUUUUUUUUUGUAAAGACCAUUUUAUCAUAGGGUGGAGAAAUACUUCAAAUGUUUCAAACUAAGUGUUUGUGGCAUUUUUUUUUUUCUUUUUGCAGUUUGUGAAGACCAUUUUCUCCCUAUUCCAAAUGUUUCAAACCAAGUGUUUGUAAUUUUUUUUUUCAUUUUGUGAAGAUCAUUUUAUCCCUAUUCCAAAUGUUUCAAACCAAGUGUUUGUGUUUUCUUUUACCUUUUGUAAUUAGUGAAGAUCAUUUAAUCCCUAUUCCAAAUGUUUCAAACCAAGUAUUUCUGUUCUUUUUUUCUUUUUGCAGUUUGUGAAGACCAUUUUCUCUCUAUUCCAACUAUUUCAAACCAAGUAUUUCUGUUUUCUUAUCUUUUUGCAGUUUGUGAAGAUCAUUUUAUGUCUAUUCCAAACAAAUGUUUCAAACCAAGUAUUUGUUGUUUUUUUUUUCUUUUGCAGUUAGUGAAGAUAAUUUUCUCCCUAUUCCAAAUAUUUCAAACUGAGUAUUUCUGGUUUUUUUUUUUCC